UACUAAAUGAAUUAAUUUAUCAAUAACACAUUAAAAAAAAAAAAACAUCCUUUGGAAUUGAUGUAGACAUUUAUUGUCUUUGAUGAAGUGGCCAGUUACAAACCCGCAAGCAAGUCCAACUUGCGUCUCAUCAUUUAAAAAAAAAAAAAAACACAGCUUGCAGGCAAAAUGGUGCCAAACGACAACAUGUGAUCCCAACCCCCCCCACCGAGGUGUCAGACGGACCCGCUCUUGAAAACAUUGCGAUCAGCAAAAAUCAGCACGUGGCACGGCUGGUUGAACGUGAACACGAGCGCGCCCGCCCUCGGCGAGGAGGGUCGGUCUUAAUCCUGGACGUUGGGCUGCAGUCAGUCGCUCCGAACACUCCAUCCCGAGUAUUUGACCAGAUAACGAAGUAAAGAUUAACCCUGUACGACGACUGUCGCAAAGUUGACAUCAAGACGCUUCCCCGCCGCAGAAAAGAACCUCGACCAUGUCUGCGCUCACCCACCUGUUGGCGUGCCUCUUCGGUCUGGGCUCCUGGGUGUCCAUCAGUGGUCUGUGGGUGGAGCUUCCAUUGAUCGUCCCCCAGAUUCCGGAGGGCUGGUACCUCCCUUCGUACCUCUCGGUUCUCAUCCAGAUGGCCAACAUCGGCCCGCUCCUGGUCACCCUGAUGCACCGCUUCCGACCGGGAGCCCUCAACGAGACGGCGGUCAUUUACGUCGUCAUCGCCCUGGGCGUGGUGGCCAGUUUCCUGUUGGCUUUCUUCUGGAAGGAGACGCUUGUGGUGGCGGGGUCACCCCGCAGCGUGGCGUUACUCGUCCUCACCUUCUUCCUGGCCGCCGUCGACUGCACCUCCUCGGUUACCUUCCUUCCCUUCAUGAUGCGCCUCGAGCCCCAGUACCUCACCACCUACUAUAUCGGCGAGGGCAUGAGCGGCCUUCUGCCGGCUGUCGUGGCGCUCGUCCAGGGCGUGGGUGUGAUCCAUUGCAUCAACGGGACCCGCAGCCAAAACGCCACCGAUGAGUUUCCGACGCUUCGGGCUCAGAUGCAGCCGGCCAACUUUUCAGCCGAGGUGUUCUUCUUCUUCCUGAGUGCCAUGAUGCUGGUGUGCCUGGUGGUGUUUUUUCUGCUCAACCGUCACCCCGCCGUUGCCCGGGAGACGACCAAAAGCCACUACACCAGUGGGGUCCAGGAGAAGAACUGGGUGGAGAAGAGGCCCAUGGUGAAGCCAUACAGACCCUCAAGAGAGAAGAGCAGUUUUGGGGUUGGGACUUACAGCUGGAUUCAAGUGUCGUACAUCUUCGUGAUCCUGGCGUGGGUCAACGCUCUCACCAACGCCGUGCUUCCGUCGGUGCAGUCGUACUCGUGCAUGCCGUACGGAAACAAAGCCUACCACCUGUCCGCCACCAUGGCGGCGGUGUCCAAUCCUCUGGCCUGCUUCAUCGCCAUGUUUUUUCCAAUAAGAUCCUUGUGGCUGAUGGGGGCGCUCACAUUGCUGGGCAGUGGCGUGGGGGCUUUUAUAAUGAGCAUGGCUGCCCUGAGUCCGUGCCCGUUGUUGGUGAACACCGUCUGGGGCGUCGUCGUCAUGGUGCUGGCGUGGAUCGUCAUGGUCCUCACUCUGUCCUACGUCAAGGUGAUCAUCGGCGUGAUCCUGCGCGACGAGGGCCACUGCGCCUUGGUGUGGUGCGGGGCUGUGGUGCAGCUGGGCUCCCUGCUGGGCGCCGUCGCCAUGUUCCCCAUGGUCAGCGUGUACAGCCUUUUUGCAUCGGGCGAUCCUUGCAAUACCCGAUGCCCAUGA